AUGCCGGAAGACCAAGCCGUAUAUACGGAUACGAAUAGGGAAGAUCCAGAUUCAGUUCCUGAGAAGCAUACUUCCAACAUCAACACCCAAGACUCCACGAUCUCAUCUGCAAACUUAAGCUCGCCGUCUACUUCCCCGUCGCCACAUAGCAAGCCCUGUACUAUAUGCCACACACCUCGCGAUGUACUGAUACGAUGCCAAAUUGACGAUACGAAAAAAUGGCAUUUCGUAUGUACAGGUAAAUGUUGGAAGGAUGUCAGUGGAGGGAAAGUAGAUGGCGAUGGCAAACAUCCAGAGUAUAGAUAUGGAGGGAUGUGGAAGAACAAACAUGAGGCGGUUAGUGCAAAGAUUAAGGGCAAAGCAAAGGAUAGAAAUAGGAGGAAGAAUGCUGGGAAGUCGGAGGGCAAUGCGACGAAUGGAGAAGCGGGAAAUGAAGUUUGA